AUGGAGGUUUCACCAGGUACUUUAGAAUUUACUGGUUCAUUUACCAAACAAACUACUGAACAUUUGACUUUAUCAAAUCCAACUAAUCAACCAUUAGCUUUUAAAGUUAAAACAACUGCUCCAAAAUUAUAUUGUGUUAGACCAAAUGCAAGUAUUGUUCAACCAGGUGGUUCAAUUUCAAUUUCUAUAAUUUUACAAGGUUUUGCUCAACCUUUACCAAAAGAUUACAAAUGUAAAGAUAAAUUUUUAUUAGUUAGUGUACCAACUAAUCAAAAUAUUGAUCCUGCUCAAGUUGGUGAAUUAUGGGGUUCAUUAGAAUCUCAAAAUAAAUCUGCUGUUGUUUCAAAAAAAUUAAGAGUUAAUUAUAAUAUUGGUCCUGAUAAGUCCUCAGGUUCAAGUAAUACUCCAGCUGCUACUUCUGGUGGUGCUAAUGGUGCUGCUGCUGGUGGAUUUGCUGGAAGUGGUGCUUCUCAAAAUAAUUAUCAACAACAACAACAACAGCCACCUCAACAACAGCAACAACAACAAUACCAACAACAACCACCACAACAACCACAACACCAAAAUUCAUUCGGUGGUGCUGGUGCUGGUUUAGCUGGUGGAGCUCUUGCUGGAGCAGGUGCUGCAGGUGCUUAUAAUCAUUCACAACAACAACAACAACAACCACAACAACAUCAACAAUAUCAACAACAACCACCUCAACAAGAUUACAACUCAUCAUAUACUCAACAAUCCACUGGUAAUGAUUAUGGUGCUCAAAAUAGAUCAUUUAAUGAUACUUCAUCAAUUAAUAAUUACAAUGGAGGUUAUCAACAACAACAACAACCACCUCAAUUACAUCAACAACCAAGUUAUCAAAACUCUCAAUAUGGUCAACCACAACAUCAACAACAACCAAUUCAACAACAAGGUGGUACAUCACCAGCUGUUCAACGUGAAUUGGAAGCUUUAGCAAGACAAGUUCAAACAUUAUCUACUAAAUUAGAUCAAAAUGAAAAAGCAGCACAUUCAAGAGGUGUUGGUGCAAUAGUUGAUUCAGAUUUAGCAUCAAAUGGAAUUUCUUUACCAAUUGCUUUAGUUUUAAUUUUAAUUGCUUUCUUAAUUGGUUGGUUAGUCUUUUAA